UCCGAUCUCGCAGCGGGCCAAUGGCGUGUGUGUGUGGCGGCGUCUCCAUGGUGACUGGGCUGUUCCUGGGGAGGCUGUGAUGGGUUGACAGGUGCGUGACAGUCGGAGCUCUCUGCAGGCAUGUACGGCAAAGGCAAGAGCAACAGCAGCGUCCCGUCCGACAGCCAGGCCAGAGAGAAGUUAGCACUAUAUGUAUAUGAGUAUCUUCUCCAUGUAGGAGCACAGAAGUCUGCACAGACGUUUUUAUCAGAGAUAAGAUGGGAAAAAAACAUCACAUUGGGCGAACCCCCAGGAUUCUUACACUCUUGGUGGUGUGUGUUUUGGGAUCUCUAUUGUGCAGCUCCAGAAAGACGUGAAACAUGUGAACACUCAAGUGAAGCUAAAGCCUUUCAUGAUUAUAGCGCUGCAGCAGCUCCCAGUCCAGUGCUAGGAAACAUUCCCCCAGGAGAUGGCAUGCCAGUAGGUCCUGUACCACCGGGUUUUUUUCAGCCUUUCAUGUCUCCUCGAUAUCCAGGAGGCCCAAGGCCACCUUUAAGGAUACCCAAUCAGGCACUUGGAGGUGUCCCAGGAAGUCAGCCAUUAUUGCCUAGUGGGAUGGAUCCAACACGGCAGCAAGGUCAUCCAAAUAUGGGAGGACCAAUGCAGAGGAUGACUCCACCCAGAGGAAUGGUUCCACUAGGUCCACAGUCUGACCCUUGGUUAUCAUUGCAGAACUAUGGAGGUGCAAUGAGACCCCCACUGAAUGCUUUAGGUGGCCCUGGAAUGCCAGGAAUGAACAUGGGUCCAGGAGGUGGUAGGCCUUGGCCAAACCCUACAAAUGCCAAUUCUAUACCAUACUCUUCUGCUUCGCCUGGGAAUUAUGUAGGUCCACCAGGAGGUGGAGGGCCACCUGGAACACCCAUCAUGCCUAGUCCAGCAGAUUCAACCAACUCUGGAGAUAACAUGUACACUUUAAUGAAUGCAGUACCUCCUGGACCCAACAGACCUAAUUUUCCAAUGGGACCAGGGUCUGAUGGUCCAAUGGGUGGAUUAAGUGGAAUGGAUUCACAUCAUAUGAACGGAUCAUUAGGCUCAGGAGAUAUGGACAGUAUCUCCAAAGGUAAACAGCAAUGUGCAGAAUGCAGAAAAGAAAACUCUCCAAGUAAUAUGAGUAUGAGCAAUCAGCCUGGGACCCCUCGAGAUGAUGGUGAAAUGGGGGGUAACUUUCUAAAUCCUUUUCAGAGUGAAAGUUAUUCCCCCAGCAUGACAAUGAGUGUGUGAACCAAUACCAAGUCUCUUCGUGAAGGCUGCACUGAGUUGGCCCUCUCCAGAGAGCUACUAAAGAAGAAAAAUUAUUCAUCCCUGUGUACAGUUUAACAGAAAAGAUCUCUGCCACAUUUGGACCCACCAUUAUUUUCCAACCAUCUUCCCUGUUUUGUGAAGAAAGUGGGUCCUGAUCUGGUUUCAGCUAUAGUAUGUGGCGUAUCAGAGCUGCCCAAGACUGAACUGCAAACAAUUAUCUGUAUAUGUAUAUGUAGGGAUAGGUGUAUGUAUGUGUGUGUUACAGAGACAUAAAUAUGAGCACAUACAUAUAUAGACCUGCAGGACGUUGUAAAAUAUUAUCACAUGACAUCUUAAGUAGAAACAAGAAAUAGGGACUUUUAUUCCAUCUUUUUCACGUUUACAUUUUAUCUUUUAAAAGAACUGCUUCCUUCUUCCCAUAUGAUCUGUUUUGUGCUGUGUAUAUCACUGCUUUGUAAGUUAUUUUUUUAAAAAGAUCUCAGAUACAUUCUGUUUUUGUCAUUGUCAGCCAUCAUGGUUAGGAAUAAAAUUGCUUAUAAGAGGGCUUUCAUAAAGUUUUAUUUAAUACCAGUAAUCAUGUGAAUUGCAGACUACACUUGCUCAAGAAAAAAAAUAAUUUUAUUAAGUGAGUUAAACCUGUUCUUUGCCUUCCUAAAACUGAGGGGGGGAAAAGAAAUUAGAGGGGUUCUUUGCUUUAUUUCUUAAUAAAUGCCUAAUACUGCAAUGCUAAACAUAUUUGCAUGGUGGGAAACUCCAGUGAAACAAUUUAGAUUUACUCCCAAAUAAUAUGUUGAGGACUAGGAUGCAAAUCCUUCAAUAUUUGCUUUCAAGGUAUGACUGAGUUUAGCUCAACUUUUUGAUCUAUGCAGAGAAAUACAAAACACUUGUUGGGCUUUGAUUAAAGUGUUGUAGCAUCCAGGAAUAAAAUUUGUGGGAUUCAUCUUUCUGCUGUUGGUGAAAUACUUAGUAUGAUCUUCCAUAAGUGUUGUAAUUAUAAUAAAAACAGCUAUAGAUUUUAUUGCUUAGGCACAAUAUUUUCCUCUAAUAUCCAUCAUAAUCUCCUGAGGUUACAUAGACAUACUCCAAUUAUUUGAUAUGCCAAAGGGGAAGAGAUAGCAAGUUAUUUUCCCUCGCUAUAUUCACUGGCUUUAUUAUUUCCUAUCCCCAUCUCAUUAUCUAUAAUUUAUCAAUAUUAUUAAGCCACUUUGGAUGUUUCUAAAGUCAGUGUAUACUUAAUCCUAUAGUAUCUUCAUGAUCAAUGAAUUUAUUAUUACAUAGAUUUUAAUAUUGGCUUAAGGUACUUCAUUUGUUGCAUCAAAAACAAAUGCAGCUAUUAAUCUGAAAAUAAUUUUAAUUGGCUACUAGACAAGCUGGGACUUGUUGGGUCAUCAUUUCAGAGAUAUUUCCUUACCAGAUUCCUCAAUGCCUUCAACAAUGGCAGAACUUCUAAUGUACUGGAAAAAUUCUUAAAAAUUCAGGACGAUAUUCAGAGAUGUAUCUGCCUUGAAAGUAGCCCAUGUCAUUCAUAUUAAACAUAUUGCACAGUCAAACAUUAGGAGUUGACCAUAGGAAAUGUUUUAUGACAUUUUGUAUUAUGUCAUAAAAUGUUUUAUAAAAUUUGCCAAAUUUCAAUUCCACAGGAGUCAUGGGUCCCAGGUUUUUGACACAUUCUGUAAGUUAGCCCAUUUGAGGUACCUUGGUUCAAAAAUUGUUGGCCUAUGACACACCAUUUUGCCCAGUUAAAGGUUAUAAACAGACAUGAGGGUUUUAGUAGUAUAUAGAUAGAUAUGUUAACAGACAAUGGUAAAUUUCAUCCAGUAUCAUAUUUUCUUGGGUUCCAAAUGACUGAGAAAUUUAAGAUGUUAUAUAUGAAGAAAGCAUGAUAAUUCCCCCACCCUCCUUUUGGCAAAUAAAUGAUAUGUGAAAAAUUCACUAUUUUAUAUUUACUCCUAUUUUCAAUUUUGUGAUAUAUUAAUAUCUUAUGUUUGGUAAUUCCCAUAUGGUAACAUCUUCCAUUACCUGCAUAUCUAGUAAGUUUCUUAUUGUAAAUGUGGAAGUAGAAGUGCUGCCUACAAUAAUUGAUUUCCAUCUACUAGAAAUUACUGGAAAUUUUACAAUAGUUGCAAUCUAUCCAAAUACAUUGCUGAAAUUGCAAUGAAAGAGCAUUUGAAUAAGCAGUGCAUAAUUGUUUUACACUUUGUUCUGAUUUUUUAAAAGGGAGGAAGAUAAUUCCUUAAAUUGUCCUGGUGUUAAAGAAAACUUGGGGCUGUAUCCAACCAUGUAAUUCCAGGCAGAAUAGAACAGAUGUUUCCUCUCACCUACCAACCAUAGUAUCUGCUCUGGAGGGUUGUGAGACCAUCUAGAGCAAAUACGAAUUGUACCAGGGGAAGCAGGGAGAGGAAAAUGAAGGAAAGUCCCAUCAUGUAAGCAAAACAUGAUACUUGCAAAACUUUGGAUAUAGCCCUCACCAUUGUUUCUGCAUUAACUUUGAAGAGCUCAGUAAAGUUGCAAUGUAGAACUCUACACAUGCUUAUAUUUUUACAAAAUCAAAUCUAUGAUUCCUUUGCUUUCCCUUUAUUGAGCACUCAGAGUAAGACAGUAAUUCUUGUUAGUAUCCAGUGAUGUUAUUUUAUUCAGAAAAGCUUUUUGAUUCAGCCGAAUCUUCCAUGAAUGCAGUGAGGGAAAAGAUGGUUUAUUCUGAUACCCUUUUACUUUCAAAAAUGUAUUCCAGGAAAUUGAAGACAAAAUGGGAAGCAGCACCUUUCUCUCCCUUUGCUUAUGAGAAUUUAUGCUGGAUUAAAGUGUAUUCUCUGAAUUGAAGGACAGUUUUGGAUAUGAUUCCUUAAUCCCAAUUACUUAAUUUUUCAGAUACUCAUUUUAUGCAUGUAAAAAUCUGUGCCUAGUUUUUCCAGUAACUCUUUUCCAAUACGCCACAUAAAAUAAUAGCUAUGAAUGCUGUGCACAUUACAUCUAAUGACAAUGCUAACUAUACACUGUAUUUUUGUUUAGAUUCUUCUGUAUGUUCUAGUAAAUUAUUUAUAUAAUUUGGCAAUAUGGAGAACAAAAUUAAAAUAGAUUCUUGAUUUUCAGUCAUUUAUUUCUCACAUGUUAAAGAACCACAUGUAGUUAUAGACAUGUAGAUAUAGGACAUGUCUUAUAGUCCUUAAUGAACCAUAAUGCCAAGGUUCUAACCCCUAUCCCCAAAGUGCAUUUAGAACAAUUAAGAUGAACUUAUAUUUUACCUUGGGAAUUUUUUAAUGGAAUUUCGCCAGCAGAGGCUGAGUAGAAACAGUUCACAGAGCGUGAGACAUAUAUGGACUUAACAAGAUUGUGUGUGAUCAGAAUAUCAUCUUCCUUUUGGAUCCUGCUUAAAAAUAUUCCUAAAAAAUCAAAUGAAUUCAUACCUGUGCCUCUCUAGAAAUAUUCUGAAAAGUUUGCUAGAAGGUACAGAAAACAAUGAUAAUUACAUUAGAACUGAUUACACACACACACACACACACACACAUACACACAAACACACCUCUGAAACAGAUAAGUAAUGAAGAUACAGGAGAUAAUUCAUUUGGGUAGUUUCUACAUAAAAUGCUUAAAAUGAAUUUUAAACUUUUGCUUUAAAAUCAGAGUGAGGAUGAUCUGAAUUUGGUGUGGUUUUCGUUAUUCUCAUAAGUUGUUACCCACACAGGUUCAGAAAAGGUGGUAUAAUUUGCAGCUUUUCUUCACCUCACUUUCGCCAAGUCCUAUGCUUCAGCCACAAUAUGGACAGACUUACCACAUAAAAGCAAACAGUUCUUCAAACUUCUAAGUCACGUUUCUAUUUGGAAGUUUUUCAUUGUUGCCUGAUUCAUCAGAUUAUCAUCAGCUGAACUUUUGGUUGCCACUAUCCUGGCCUAAUUAGUGCGUCCCAAAUACUUUCUUACGUCUACACCACGUCCUAGUGAAAAAAUAAAGCUAGAAAAGCUGACAUUCAAAAGGCACCCGGCUUAGUUAUCACUGACAUCCUUAAUGUAUACAACUUUUUCCAACUGAGCUUUUUAUUUUAAGAAAAAUGAUGUGAUGCUGAUUUAAAUAUGCAUAUUUAAAUCCAGUUACAGUAAGCAAUGGGCUGGCUCACAUGUAAUGCCAAGCAAUCAAACCCUAAUUCCUUAUGUACAAUCCUGAUUUAUAGGACAAGCACAAAUCAUAGUCUGCCAUCUGAAUAUAACAGCCAUAAAUGGUUUCCCUAUGCCCAGAAAUAACCCAUUAAGUAGAAGAUGCAGUGCAAAGAGGAGAGGAAUACGCACACAGCUUGCAUAUGUAGCACCAAACAAUUGAAAACAAAGAAAUGCAAUUUAAUCAUAACUAUAGCAAGGGAGAGACUAUUUGGUUGAUAAGAGUAGCUGUUUUGUAUGGAUUACAACCUAGCAUCAAAAAUCAGUUGACUAAAAGUCAUUACUAUGUUUAUCAUAAUUGUGAUUCUAUGUCAAUAUGCUGGAUGUAACAAAACUAUGAAAUUAGAUGGUGAAUUUCUUGAAGAGGAUUAAUUAAGUUGUACAUUUUUAUUCUUUUACAUUGGUGUCACACAUUUUUGCCAAUAAAUAUUGCACUGAUUUUUUUUUUCUGAGUCCUAAUGUAUUAUAUAAUUAUUUCUGAUUUCUGUUUUGAAGAAAUUCAUGUUAUUGUGGGCAGACCUGGCAUGCAGUUUUUAACAAUAGCAUCUCCAUGAUAUAGGGUGAUUGGAAAAAGUAGUCAAAAAGAGAGUAAUGUUUUCAUGCAAUUCAUUAGAAGCUAUCAUACAACUUAAGCUUCCAUUCCAGUCAACAGUACUGGAAUUUUAAGCAUGACUGUAGUGAAUAGGAAUGUGUGUGUUCACUCUUACAGUAUAUUAAAUCUUUUUUAAAAAACAAGAAAUUUAAGAGUUUCAGGUUACAAUUUAGUAUAGAAAUACGAAAGUUCAUAUUUCCAGUUUGAAUAUUCUGUAAAAUUAUUGACGUGACCAUAUGGUACAAAACUCUAAUUGUUCUGACGUGCAUGUGGAGAUCUAUGCAAAGAGAAGUUCUCUAAUUGUUUCCAAUGCCAAGGAAUACCAUUCAUGCAUUUGCACAUGCAACAUUUCCUGACUGCUGAACAGAUUGGUCAAGUCUUGCUCAUGUAGAAAACUCAUUAUACCAACUGAAGCUGCUCCUUCUCAUUGGGACGGUUAACUAGGGCUUGAUCAGGUUCAAGGCUGCUUCAGUUAAAAAGUUACCCAAGGUUUGUGGCAUUAAGAUUUUAUGCCUUUCCAAUUGAUGGCAUUUUGGAUAGACAGGCAAACAAACGACAUGUGCACCGACACAUAUACUUACAUACCAAACUAACUGGGAAAUUGAAUUAUUUUUAGUCUUUAUAGUGCUAAAGAUUUUUAGUGCUAUUCUUUUUUAUUUGAACACUGCUAUUGAACUUGCUGGUUUAACAUGUUUUAAAAGUUGUUUUAUUUUUUAAAACAAUAGGGUAGUAAUACUUACAUUUUGGCCAUUUACAUUCUGUGUAAAGGGAACAUUUGCUAUAGAUGUAUAUAAAGAUGUAUAGCCAUAAUUUUUCGACAACUGAAAGAUUUAUAAUUUGACAUCCAUAGCCUAGGCUAUUUCAAUAUUUUAUUUUUAAAAGAUUUAGAAAAUAAAUGGUUUCCCUAUCUAAAUUAAAUUCACAACAAAGAAAUAGAAUAAUAAGGUUAUGGGAGAAUAUGAUCAGCUCAUAAUAAUUCUGCAUUAUUAUUCUGGACAUUACUUUCCAACUGUAUCACUAAAACCAAAUAUAUGUCUAUACUCAGAGUUGAUAGUGUUUUCUAAUUUUAAUGUGUGCUGGAAUCAGGUCUUAAGGGCUUAUGGCCAUAUUAUGAAAAUCCAUGUGAGCAUUUACAAACUUUUUUAAAACUCAUUUAGCAUCAUUUAGAACAGUGUAUAAUAUGACAUGUAGAAUUUGGCAUGAGAAAUAAUCACUGUAUAUGCAUUGGGAUUUUGGGGAUUAGUACUUAAGGCUUGUUUAGUAAAUUUGCCAGUGAUUGUCUUCUGUUUCCAGUAACAUUUAAUUUGGAUGAGCCUGAUCAAGCUAAAGCUCAAUCCCACAAUUUGAAUGGGAAAAUUAGCAUUUAUUUUAACCUUCACUAUUGCCAUAAAGACAUUAAGUAUUUAACUUUAGGCACAAUUCCACUACAUUUGCUAUUUGUAUAUCCUGGCCAGUUGUCUAUGUGUGUAUCUACUGAGUGAUGUUGAAGACUAGAUUGUGGUUUUUUUAGAAAAUGGUUCUGGCUGAUGACAUUUAGACUUUUGUUUUAAAAAAAUAUUGAUAGAACAGCAUUUUCAUUUUUUUCUGCAAGUAAGUGGGAAUACUUACUCUGGUCUAACAGAAAUACAGGGAUUUUCCUAGAAUAUAGGAAAACAGUAACGUUUCAGCUUUUUUGGUGGGGGGAGGACAUGACAUUUAAAAUACAAGUUAUUUAGCAAACCAUGUGCAUUUCUGCAACACCAGAGCAAAGGCAGCAGUGAAGCUUAUUUUCAAUGCUUGCCACCAAAGUCUUGUGGAAAAAUUAUUUAGUGAAUCCAUGCUUUACUUUUUACAUGUGCAAAGUACUAUUAUUAGAAAUAAUCCACUAAAUUUAUAAAAGUAAAAGCUUUAUUCCGAAUGCUUCACAAACAUUUUUCAGAUUAACUUUUUUCCUCAUUUAGUGCUGUAUUUUGCAUUGUGCUUCUCUCUGUAAUAUCCCAUAGAAUAUGUGCUGAGGGCAACCAUAUAAAUAAUGCAGAUUAGAUUUUACAAGUCACCAGAAAGCAGAGAAUAAAACAUAUUUGAAAAACC